UAAAAGCCAUAUCGGUAAUUGUCUAUAAUGUACCUGAAUGAUAACAGAUAUCGACAGUGAAACGGCGUCAGGCAAAAGGAAACGACGUCCCAUGUUGCAACGAAUUAUUUAAGGUGAUCAAAACAUUGCAUCAUGUCAGAAUUCGGUAGUGGCAAAUCGAAGAACAAGUACGAGAUAAACGAUAUUACAAAUGUGAAGUUUUCGAAAAAGAAUAGUGAUAAAAAUGGCGAUGCAGAUGAACCUAAGCCUGAAAAUGAUGUACCAAGUAUAUCGUUUAUCACAUUAUUCCGUUUCGCGUCCACCAGGGACAAGGUUUACAUAUUCUUCGGCAUAAUAUUUUCGAUGACAUGUGGAGCCAUGAUUCCCAUCAACACGCUGCUGUUUUCGUCGUUGCUACAGAGCAUGGUGAAUUUCGGGAUAUCGGUUAUUAUGGGACAGCCCGAAGGAGAUGAGUUUUUAGAUGCCGUUCGAAGAUUCGCCAUCCUGAACAGCGCUGUUGGCGGAGUGCUGAUCGUACUGUCCUAUGGCGCCACAGUUCUCAUGAACAUCUCAGCUUUUAAUCAGGUGUACAGAUUAAGACAAGAAUAUUUGAGAGCGGCGCUUAAUCAAGAUUUUGAAUAUUACGACACGCACCAGACCGGAGAUUUUGCCGCCAAAAUGAAUGGAGACGUCGUGAAUGUUGAAGACGGUAUUGGUGAGAAGCUGGGAACGUUUAUAUACUUCCAGUCGGCCUUCGUCAGUUCCAUAAUCAUGGCGCUGGUGAAAGGAUGGAAGCUGGCGUUGCUGUGUCUGAUCACAUUCCCGAUAACAUUGUUCCUAGUUGGAAUGGCUGGCUUGAUUGCGUCUAGGUUAUCAAAGAAAGAAACGAUAGCAGCAGGAAAAGCGGGUUCAAUAGCAGAAGAAGUCAUAUCAGCGAUAAGAACUGUUUAUGCGUUCAGUGGACAGCAAAAGGAAUUGCAAAGAUAUGAAACAUACUUAGGAGAAUCUAGGUCAAUUAACAUUAAGAAAGGUUUCUUCAACGGUUUAGCAAUGGGGGCAUUAUUUUUCUGCAUUUUCGGUUCCUAUGCGUUAUCCUUCUGGUUUGGGUAUAGACUAAUGGUUGAGGAACCCGAAACGUACGACGUGGACACCAUGAUUGCCGUUUUCUUUGGUGUAAUGAUGGGUUCAGCGAACUUUGGUAUAUCAUCAACUCUGAUGGAAGUGUUUGGUGUUGCUAAAGGCGCUGGUGCACAAAUCUUCAAUCUUAUCGACAACGUGCCCACAAUAAAUCCGAUACUCAACCGUGGGGUGACGCCGCCUGCUAUAGAGGGAAACAUCGAGUUGAAAGAUGUGAAGUUCUACUAUCCUUCAAGGCCGGAUGUUCCGGUAUUAAAAGGAGUCACUUUGAACGUUCAACGUGGACAAUCGGUGGCUUUGGUGGGUCAUUCCGGAUGCGGCAAGUCGACCAUUAUUCAGCUCAUUUCAAGAUACUAUGAUGUGGUGGAUGGAGGCGUUUUCAUCGACGGCAAUGACGUGAGAGGACUAUCAGUACGGUGGCUCCGGGAUCAGAUAGGUCUGGUGGGUCAAGAACCAGUGCUUUUUAACACCACAGUACGAGAGAACAUUCGGUAUGGACGACAGGAUGCUACCGAUGAGAACAUCGAACAAGUCGCCAAACAAGCGAAUGCACACGAGUUUAUUAUGAAACUGCCCUUGGGUUACGACACUUUGGUCGGUGAACGAGGAGCUUCUUUAUCGGGUGGACAAAAGCAACGCAUUGCAAUCGCGCGAGCUCUAGUACGGAACCCAAGGAUAUUGUUACUUGACGAAGCAACCAGUGCUCUAGAUACGGCAUCGGAAGCUAAAGUCCAGGCCGCUCUUGACAAGGCCCAAGAAGGCCGAACAACCGUAGUAGUAGCACACAGACUAUCUACUAUAAGAAAUGUAGACAAUAUUUACGUGUUUAAAUCUGGCAAUGUCGUUGAAAGUGGUAACCACGAGGAGCUAAUGAAGAAGAAAGGGCAUUACUAUGACAUGGUAAUGAUGCAAUAUUCGCCUGAAAUGAGCGAAACAGAUGAUGGGAAUAAAGUAGUUAGAACAACAUCGGUCACAAGCGAAAAAGACGAGGAUGAUAUCGUACCAACAAAAUUAGAGGAAACACCUGAAGCUAUUGCUCAAGAAGUUUCCUUCUUCAAUGUAAUCAAGCUGAACAAGCCAGAAUGGAAAUCCAUUACAGUUGCUAGUGCUUGCUCUAUUGUAAGUGGUUUUGCUAUGCCACUUCUUGGUCUCAUUUUGGGUGACUUUAUUGGGGUACUUUCUAAUCCAGACCCAGAUGCAGUUUUAGCUGAAGUACGCAGGUUCGCACUCAUUUUUGUUGGUAUUGGUGCACUUACCGGGAUAACACAAUUCAACGUGGUGUUUAUGUACGGUAUCGCUGGUGAAUACCUGACAGCGAGACUCAGGAAGUUGAUGUUUGAAAAAAUUCUACAACAAGAAAUCGGUUUCUUCGAUGACAAGAACAAUUCAACAGGGGCUCUGUGUGCACGACUAUCGGGAGAAGCCGCGGCUGUUCAAGGAGCAACUGGACAAAGAAUUGGAACAGUUCUACAAGCAAUAGGAACAUUCGCGUUUGCCUUAGGCGUGUCAUUGUAUUAUGAAUGGCGCCUGGGACUGGUAGCACUCACAUUCGUCCCACUCAUGGCAGCUAUCUUAUAUAAGCAAGGAAGGAUGGUCAGCGCCGAAUCCUUCGGUGCUGCUAAAACAAUGGAAAGUAGCUCGAAGGUAGCCGUAGAAGCAGUGGCUAAUGUUCGAACAGUAGCAUCUUUAGGACGGGAAGAAACGUUUUGCAACGAAUACGGUCGACUAUUGUUACCCGCAUUACUACUCGCUAAGAAAUCAGCCCAUUGGAGAGGCAUAGUUUUUGGCUGUUCAAGAGGACUUUUCAAUUUCGUGUAUGCUGCCACUUUGUACUAUGGUGGUACCUUGAUGGUGUACGAUGGAAUUGACUACGCCGUCAUAUUGAAAUCUGCCCAGACCCUUUUGAUGGGUUCGUCGUCUGCAGCACAGGCAUUUGCAUUUGCCCCCAACUUCCAAAAGGGAAUCAAAGCAGCAGGACGAGUUAUAGUAUUACUAAGCAGACAAUCGAAAAUUGCCGAUCCCGAUAAACCAGCAGUGGAGAAUUUCCGAGGUACUGGAGAAGCAAGUCUACAAAACAUCGAGUUUAAAUACCCAACAAGACCACUCAUAAAAGUUUUACAAAAUCUAAACUUGGAAAUAGAAAAGGGUAAAACUAUUGCUCUGGUUGGCACAAGCGGUUGCGGUAAAAGCACUAUUAUACAACUACUACAGAGAUACUAUGAUCCUGAUGGUGGUAUUGUGGCUCAAAACGGUAUACCACUACCAAAACUUCGCCUUGCCGAUGUUCGACAAACUAUCGGAUUCGUACAACAAGAACCGAUACUUUUCGAUCUUACGAUUGGUCAGAACAUUGCAUACGGUGAUAACUCGCGAAAACCAAACAUGGACGAAAUAAUGGAAGCUGCUAGACAAGCUAAUAUCCACAACUUUAUAGUUUCUCUACCUCAAGGUUACGACACAAACAUCGGCUCCAAAGGAACACAGUUAUCUGGUGGUCAAAAACAGAGGGUAGCCAUUGCAAGGGCAUUAAUACGACGACCUGUGAUGCUACUGUUGGACGAAGCGACCAGUGCUUUAGACACCGAAAGUGAAAAAGUAGUCCAAGAAGCUUUAGAUACAGCUAAGGCGGGCCGAACAUGCGUAAUGAUCGCUCAUAGGUUAAGCACAGUCCGCGACGCCGACAUUAUUUGCGUUCUGCGCGACGGUCGAGUUGCGGAGAGUGGCACACAUCAGCAGCUUAUGCAAGCCAAGGGACUCUACUACAACUUGAACAGAAGAGGUUACAGCUGAUACAAAUGUAGAUUAAAAGUGAGC